AUGGCGGUGGUAGCAGCGGCUGGAUUCUCGAGUGGACCCCGAGAGCACAAAAGUGGAUUCGUGGAGGUUUUGGUUCGGGCGCGCUGGCACAAAGUUCUGGCCAACUUGAGCGAGGAGGCGCUCACGUUGAGCUGUGAGGACUGUGACAUCAAGUCCAACGGGGUCACCAAUGGCUCCUACCUGGACAACAGCAACGCCAACUCCAACAACGGGCCCCCGCAACAAGCUGCGCGCACUGCGUUCACGGACCUCCCGGAGCGAGUCCCCGAGGCCAUCGCCAACAGAAAGCGCUGCGUCAAGGUGCCCAAGCAGGAAGUCGGAGGACUCGGCAUCAGCAUUAAAGGAGGGAAGGAGAACAAGAUGCCCAUCCUCAUCAGUAAGAUAUUCAAGGGGCUCGCGGCGGAUCAGACCCAGGCUCUGUAUGUGGGGGACGCGAUCCUGUCCGUGAACGACGUGAACCUGCGGGAAUCCACGCACGACGAGGCGGUGCAGGCGCUGAAACAAGCCGGGAAGGAGGUGACUCUGGAAG